AUGACAUUAGCAGAGUCCAUUUCGAAAAUAGCAUGUGCUGCUUCAGGAGAAGUGGAAAUAGUCAGACAGAUGCCUGUUGAGGGCAACUUUUACUCAGCUGCAGAAUGUGUGUCUUUGAAAGUGACAUGUGAAGGUGACAAAGACAAGUCGUUUGCAAAUCCUACUUGUUUUCAGUUGUUUUUGAGUCUGGGAGUAUGUUCUGGUCAAAGGGAUGUGGAGCAUGUCUUUUUGACUGGCCUCCCACUUCUCAUUAGAUGCCUUGACUUUACUAAAGAUUCUGCCAAGUCAUUUGUUACUCUAUGUUAUGAAUUUGUUAGUGACCUCCCUGCUGAACAUCUUUCAUUUCUUGGUCCAGCUCUCCAGUCAAUCAUAAAAUGUGUCUCAAUGGUAAAUAAAGCUUUGACAGAAUCAAUAGAAGAAAGCCUGUAUGCACGACUUAAGCACCAGCUACAACACUGCAUUGACACAAAGGAUGUGGCGAAGGAAGAGGCACUGUUAAGUGUGAUUGGUUGUGUGUGUCUUAGUCUGACCAAUGAGUGGAUUAUGAAGGUCUUUUCACUUUUGCUACACACGUAUCUGUCUCAUCCUCAAUCGUUCUUGAGAUCUGCAGCUUUCUGUGAAGCUCGACGAAUGAUCCAGUGUCAGCACAUGUCACCCACUCAGUUCUUUGUGGCUCACCAAGAAUCAUUAUGUCAAUAUGUAAUGUCCUACAUCCACAGUAUGCACUGGAAUGAAAACUCGAACUUGGACUGUGUCCAUUGUCUAAGAACACUGGAUGAUGUGGCUACCUUGUUUGACUUUAGAAGCUCUUCAGAGCUGAUUAAUGCGAAAGCAAGAUGUUUGCUGCCUCCAUUAGUGUAUGAGUCCACAAUUGCAGCUUCAGCUAUUUUGAAAGUUCUGUCACAGGAAGCAGGACAGACAAAGCAAAGGAUGCUGUUGGACAACAUUCGUUACAUAUUCUCAUACAUUGUUCGAAAAUGUUCUCCUGACAGACUUGCUCAUGCCAUGUCUUUUUUAGACACAGAAGCAGGAAUUAGUGUUGAUCGACUAUUGCUGGCUGAAGGACCAAAUACAUACAACCAGCUACUACUUCACAUAAGUCGCAACCCCAAAGAAGUACUGAAUGGGUUGGUGUUUUUGAAUGAGAAAGAAGGAAACAGCCAGGGAUCUAUACAAUCAGAGGAGGACCUUUCGUCACUUUUGAAACCUAAGCUGCUGGGAAUAUUAGCCUUCUUUAACAGUUUGCUGCUAGGGACACAAAUAGAAAAUGAGCAGAAACGGUUAGGAUUGGAAAGUCUGAUCUACUUAAUGAAUCUACUGGGAUCCAAGCAUUUAACACCAGUACGUCUCAAGGUGAUGGCUAUUCUUCGUCUUAGCUUGACACUGGAGCAGCUGCGUGACUUGGGGUUAAAAGCUUGGUCUUGUUUUGUUCACAACAUAGAGAUGACAUCGCUUGGAACAUUGCUCAGUGAAAUAACUGUCUGCUUACUUCCACUGCUAGAUCAGCAUGCUGAUCAAGUGGCUGACAUCUUUACCUUUCUUUUUGUAAAAUGUCGGUCAGCUCUACAAGCUCGAUUCAAUGAGAUCUACUACAUGCCAUCUCAUCCUCGAUUAGGGACAGUCAAUCAGGUGCUUCGAGAGUGUCACAAUGCACAGUCAACUGAGAAUCGUCUCCAAACUCGUGUGUUGCAGAUGCUCAAAGAUUGUCAACAUGAACAGGCAGAUGUUAGAAGAUAUGCUGUUACUAGUUUAUACAGUCUAUUACAAGGUAACAGAAUGUCUAUUCUUGACUGGAUAAAUUCAUGUGACAGUCUGAACCCGUUGCUCAGUGAACUUAUUUGGACUAUUCUCUCAGGGUGUCAGGACAGCGACAAGGUAGCCAGAUUGGCAUUUGCUGCUUGUUUAGGAGAAAUUGGAGCUGUUGAUCCUGGUAAACUCAGGGAAUUAUCACGACAGACAUCCCGUAAAGCUGCAUUGGUAAAGGAUGGCGUCAGAUCAGCAGAGUUUGCUGUUUUGUUGAUUACAGAACUAAUUCAUGCCUUCCUGGCAGCCAAAGACACUAGAGGACAAGAUUGUUGUUCAUUUGCAUUGCAGGAGACCUUGAUAGCAUACAGAUGCUCACCUCUCAAUUCCCAGUCUGAACAAGGAAAAUUGAUCUGGUCAUCAUUUCCUAGUCAUCACAGGGAGCUUCUUGAACCACAUCUUAACUCGAACUACAAACGUAGUAAAGAGGAAACAGAAGUUGUCACACCAGUUCCAAUUUAUCAGGGCAAGCAGGGUAAAUCCUACCCAAUGUGGCUGUGCCGUUGGCUGGAUCUCCUGAUUAGUCAGAUUGAAAAUGACACAAGGAAGAUGUUUGAAAGUUGCAGUGUUGUUUGUAGACACUUCGUACAAGUGGCUGCUUUUUUGUUGCCUUAUCUAGUAACUGAGAUCAUACUUCAAGGUCAACCGGAACAAAUGGAACAGAUAAGUAAAGAGAUGGUAGCUGUUAUUACACAUGCUCAAAAGAAUGAGGACACUUCGCCAGCUAAAGCAGAAUUUCGUCACAGAGCAGCACAGACUGUGUUGUCCCUUCAUAACUCUGUUACACAGAUUGCCAUCCACAAACAGUCUCAGUACUGUGUCGCUGAAGAUCAAGUUGCAAAACAAGUCCCUGUUAUGACUAAUGCUGACUUGCCUGCUUUGAAGCAGCAGUGCAGUUUGUUGACAGACUUUUUGAGAGGCGUUCCCAAAGAUGCUUUGGCUAUAGCUGCCUAUCAUUGUAAGGCCUACAGUCAUUCACUGUUAUUGUUUGAAGAUCAUUUUGUCAGAGAGAACCCAAUGGAUGUUCAACCUCAUCUCCAAAUUCUCCAACAGCUGUAUGCUGACAUGGAGGAAGCAGACGGUCUUGAUGGACUUGCUACUGUUCGAUCUGUUGCGCUUACGAUUUCUGAUCAAAUCCUAGAACUGGAAAUGAAAGGAAAAUUGCGUGAUGCUUUGGCUUGCUAUAAUGUAGCUGUACAAGAACAACCCCACUCACUAAGAAAUCAUGAAGGCCUAGUCCUUGCUUUUCUUGGUCUAGGGGAGAAUUUUGUUGCGCUUCGUCAUCUGAGUGGUGUUUUGGUGGAAAAGCCUCAGUGGACCAAAGAGUUGAACAAGCUGCAAGUAGAAGCAUGUUGGCAGCUGGGAGAAUGGGACACUCUCCAAAAGUGUUUGUCUUUAGAGCCCAACCCAUCUUCUGAAUGGAGUGUAGGCAUUGGACAGCUAUUGGCCAGUGCAAAGUCCAAAAAAACAACUGAAUUUGAGAAGCAGCUUUCUGCAGUUCGUGAACACGCUGUCAAUAGACUGUCUGCUGUCAGCAGUGAUCCUUUGUCUUACACUCGAGGCUAUGAGUACAUCGUUCAACUUCAUAUGCUGCAAGAACUGGAAGAUGUGUGUCGCAGCUUAAUUUUGAACAGUGGAGGCAGUGAUGCUGAAACGACAAUGAAAAACCUCACUCAGACAUGGUCAGUGAGACUUGAUGUAACACAAGGAUCUUUCAGAAUUCGAGAACCAAUUCUUCGGCUACGACGCACUCUGCUCGGUCUAAUUCCAAACGUGGUAGUGAAACAUCAUCUGGGUGAUUAUUGGCUGACAAGUGCCAAGAUUGCUCGCAAAGCCGGGUACCUCCAAAGUGCAUUUAACUGUAUUCUGAAUGCCAGCUCGUAUCAGGCACCAGAGCACUGGUUAGAGAAGGCAAAGUGUCAGUGGAAGCAAGGAGAAACAAAACAAGCUUUGGUUGUUCUGCAAGACAACUUGAGGAAAGAAUUAAGCUCAUUGAAAGAAGACAGUGGAAAACCAUCAGCACAUGCCAGAGCCAUGCUUUUGGUGGGACAAUGGAUGGAAGAAACAGCACUCUGUGAUACAAACACAAUACUUAAACAAUACAAAGAUUUGGUAAAAGAACACAGUGAUUGGGAAAGCAGUCACUUCUUUCUAGCAAAGUAUUAUGAUCGAUUACGAACUGCAUUGGAAGGAACAGAGCCAGGCAAAGACUUUGAAUGUUUACCAUUAGUUAUACGUCAUUUUGGGGAUUCACUUCGUCAUGGUAGUCAUUACAUUUAUGAGUCCAUGCCAAGGCUAUUGAGUGUUUGGAUGGAUUUUGGUGCUGAAAUUGUCAAACCAGUCUCUGGAUCAAGCAAUAGCAAGCGAUCUGGCUUGAAGGCUGCCAACUCACAAGCUCAGCUUCAAAAGAUGAACACAAUAAUGGAAGAGCUUAUUGAACAUUUAGCUGCUUACCAGUUUUUCACUUGCUUUCCUCAGAUUGUAUCUCGCAUCUGCCACCAGAAUGAGUCUGUCUUUGGAAUUAUAAAGACCUUAGUAGCCAAACUGAUUGUCUCAUUUCCUCAGCAAGCUUUGUGGAUGAUGGUUGCUGUGUCAAAAUCAUCAUAUGAUACUCGAAAGUAUCGUUGCCAAGAAAUAUUCAGAGCUGCUGUUGCAUUGGAUUCAUCACUCAACAAACCAAUGGCUGAUCUGAUGCGACUUGCAGCAAAAUUGAUAGAGGUUUGUGAUAAGGAGGCAAAGACAACUCGUCUUGAUAUGAACUCUGACUUCAGACAGCUGGUCAAUCUAGUCACUGAGCAGCACUUCAGUUCAGUUAUAAUUCCUGACCAAGGUACUAUGACUGUGUCUCUACCCGCAAGUUCUGGUGCCCAUCCUACACAUUACCCAUUUCCUUCCACUGUACCAUAUAUUGUAGGCUUUGACCCUGAAAUUGAGGUCAUCAAAUCCAUGGCCAAACCGAAGAAAAUAGUUAUUCGAGGAAGUGAUGGCAAAGGAUAUACUAUGAUUUGCAAACCUAAGGAUGAUCUUCGCAAAGAUUGUCGUCUGAUGGAAUUCAAUUCACUAGUGAAUCGAUGCCUCUAUCGUGAUGUUGAGAGUCGGCGUCGUGGCUUACGUAUUCGAACAUACACAGUUGUUCCACUCAAUGAUCAGUGUGGUCUACUUCAAUGGGUAAAUGACACAGUAGCACUACGCACAGCACUCAUGAAACUGUACACAGAAAAGAAAAAGAAUAUUAGUGGGAAGGACCUGAGGACUGCUUGGCGACUGAUAGAGAAAAAUCCACGAUCAAAAGAAGUAAGGCAACAAGUAAUGGGAAGUUUAAUUGAUCAACACAAGCCACCUGUUCUUCACGAGUGGUUUCUCCGUACCUUCCCAGAUCCAGCAUCUUGGUAUGAAAGCCAAGUUUCUUAUUCUCGUACUGUCGCUGUAAUGUCAAUGGUCGGUUAUGUCCUUGGCCUUGGUGACCGUCAUACUGAGAAUAUUCUUCUGGAUUCAACAUGUGGUGACGUGGUGCAUGUUGACUUCGACUGUCUAUUCAAUAAAGGAGAAACAUUUGAGCACCCAGAACGGGUACCUUUUCGUUUGACUCAAAACAUGGUUGAUGCCAUGGGAUUCACAGGAUGUGAAGGUCUCUUCAGAAAGGCAUGUGAGGUAACUCUUCGAGUUCUACGGGACCAGCGGGACCCUCUUCUUUCUGUCCUCAAGACUCUCAUUCAUGAUCCACUGGUUGAAUGGGAGAAAGGAAAAUCAGAUCCUUGGUCAGCACAGAAACACCAAAAGAAAUCCAAAUCUGAGCAAACUGAAGUUGUAAAUGAAACAGGAGUGAAGAAAGUGAAUGAUGUGGAGCAGAGAUUGCGAGGACUGAUGGCACACAACAAGGGACUACCACUGUCCAUUGAAGGUCAGGUUCACUAUCUUAUCCAGGAAGCAAGGGACUACAAUAACCUCUGUUUUAUGUACAUGGGAUGGGCACCGUUCCUCUAAUUAAACAGAUAUCUGCCUUGU